AUGGCUUCUCUGCCGCCGCCGCCACCUCCUGGCUGGCAGGGUGUUUCUCGCUCUGGUGCUCCUCUUCAGCCCCCUCCGCCUGGAUAUAGACCGCCGGCCGAUCCGCAGCAGGCGAAGUUUGAUCAGAAAAAGAAGGAAUGGCUGCGCAUACAGAAGAAUAGGUUCGGAGAGAAGAGGAAGAAUGGAUUUGUCGACACUCAUAAAGCCGACAUGCCCCCGGAACAUUUGAGAAAGAUUGUGAGGGAUAUUGGCGAUGUCAGUCAAAAGAAAUUUUCGGCGGACAAGAGGGCAUAUUUAGGGGCUUUGAAGUUUAUGCCGCAUGCUGUCUUGAAGCUAUUGGAGAAUAUGCCUAUGCCUUGGGAGAGCGCCCGUGAAGUUAAGGUUCUAUAUCAUGUCAAUGGUUGCUUAACCUUAGUCAACGAGAUUCCUCGCGUUAUCGAGCCAGUCUUUCAUGCGCAGUGGGCAACGAUGUGGGUGUGUAUGAGGAGAGAAAAGUCGGAUCGUAGGCAUUUCAAGAGAAUGCGUUUCCCGCCGUUUGACGACGAGGAACCUCCAUUGUCGUGGAGUGAGAAUAUCGAGGACGUUGAGCCCCAGGAACCAAUUCAGAUGGAGCUGGAUGAACAUGAGGAUGCUGCAGUUGUUGAAUGGUUUUACGACCACAGACCAUUGCUUGACACCCCACAUGUGAAUGGUCCCGGAUAUAAGAGAUGGAAUCUUGAUCUUUCGCAGAUGGCUACUUUAUACCGUCUGUCUCAGCAGCUAUUGUCCGAUCUUGUCGACAAAAAUUAUUUCUAUAUGUUUGAUAGGAAGAGCUUUUUCACAGCAAAAGCCCUGAACGUUGCGAUACCAGGUGGACCGCGAUUUGAGCCUUUGUAUAAGGAUAUUGACCCGAACGACGAAGAUUUUGGCGAGUUUAAUGCUAUUGACCGCAUUAUUUUCCGUUCUCCCAUCAGAACCGAAUACCGGGUGGCGUUUCCGUUUUUGUAUAAUUCGCUCCCUAGAUCAGUGCACCUGUCGUGGUAUCACUACCCACAGAUAACCUACGUUCGAGCUGAGGAUCCCGAACUUCCAGCCUUUUACUUCGACCCUGUAAUAAAUCCCAUUUCAUCUCGCUCAGUAGCCCCGGCAAAUCUCACAGUAUCUCAUGAGGAUGAGGUUUUUGGCUAUGGCAAUGAUGAGGAUGAUUUCCAGCUUCCGGACGAGGUGGAACCUUUCAUGGCGGAAGAAGCAUUAUAUACCGAAAACACAACGUCGGCCAUCGCCCUCUGGUGGGCUCCAUACCCUUUCGAUCGCCGCUCUGGCAAGACUGUCAGAGCGGAAGAUGUUCCAUUGGUAAAGCAAUGGUAUCUUGAACAUUGUCCCCAAAACCAACCUGUAAAGGUCCGAGUCUCAUACCAAAAACUAUUGAAAACCUAUGUGCUUAACGCGCUCCACACAAGGUCACCUAAGGCACAAAAUAAACAAGACUUAUUCCGGACACUGAAGGGGACUAAGUUUUUUCAGACAACUACGAUCGAUUGGGUGGAAGCGGGCUUGCAGGUUUGCAGACAGGGGUUCAACAUGCUGAAUUUGUUGAUUCAUCGAAAGAACUUGACCUAUCUUCAUCUGGAUUACAACUUCAAUCUUAAGCCGGUGAAGACUCUUACUACUAAAGAGCGCAAGAAGUCCCGAUUUGGGAAUGCCUUUCAUCUUAUGCGAGAGAUCCUUCGUCUUACCAAGCUUAUCGUCGAUGCCCAAGUACAAUACCGACUUGGAAAUAUUGACGCCUUUCAAUUGGCGGACGGCAUUCUUUACGCAUUCAACCAUGUUGGACAGUUGACAGGUAUGUACAGGUACAAGUACAAGUUAAUGCAUCAGAUUCGUGCUUGUAAGGAUUUGAAGCAUCUGAUCUACUACCGUUUUAACUCGGGGCCAGUCGGGAAAGGUCCUGGAUGCGGAUUUUGGGCACCAGCUUGGAGGGUCUGGCUCUUCUUCAUGCGAGGUAUCCUCCCAUUAUUGGAGAGAUGGCUCGGGAACCUGUUGGCAAGACAAUUCGAGGGACGUCAUAGCAAAGGGGUUGCUAAAACUGUUACGAAACAAAGGGUGGAAUCUCAUUUCGAUUUGGAAUUGAGGGCAGCUGUCAUCCAUGACAUCACGGAUAUGAUGCCGGCUGGCAUGAAGUCGAAUAAGGUCAAUACGGUUUUGCAGCAUCUUAGUGAAGCAUGGAGAUGUUGGAAGAGUAACAUUCCCUGGAAGGUCCCCGGUCUUCCCGCGCCAAUUGAAAAUGUCAUUUUGCGAUAUGUCAAAAGCAAGGCCGAUUGGUGGGUAAGCGUCGCCCACUAUAAUAGGGAGCGUAUUCGGAGAGGCGCCACUGUCGACAAGACUGUGGCUAAGAAGAACUUGGGGAGGUUGACACGUCUUUGGUUGAAAGCCGAGCAAGAGAGACAGCACAAUUACAUGAAGGACGGGCCAUACGUCUCCUCAGAAGAAGCCGUUGCAAUCUACACUGCCGCAGUUCAUUGGUUGGAGGCUAGGAAGUUUUCUCCAAUUCCAUUUCCUAGCGUUUCUUACAAGCAUGACACUAAAAUCCUGAUUCUCGCUCUCGAAAGAUUGAGGGAGGCAUAUUCGGUCAAAGGCAGGCUUAACCAAAGUCAAAGGGAAGAGUUGGCCUUGAUUGAGCAGGCCUACGAUUCACCUGGAACAACCCUUACCAGGAUAAAGACUGCCCUAUUGACUAGGCGUGCGUUCAAGGAAGUCGGGAUCGAUAUGAACGAUAACUAUAGUACCAUCAACCCAGUUUACGAUGUGGAGCCGAUAGAAAAGAUAACGGAUGCUUACUUGGAUGCCUAUCUUUGGUACCAAGCCGACCAACGCCACCUCUUCCCCGCCUGGAUCAAACCCUCAGACUCUGAAGUUCCCCCCUUGCUUGUUUAUAAAUGGGCUCAGGGAAUCAAUAAUCUUCACGGCGUUUGGGAGACUGCUGAUGGUGAAUGUAAUGUGCUUCUCGAGACCCAAUUGUCUAAAGUUUACGAAAAGAUUGAUAUCACUUUUCUUAAUCGUCUGCUUCGCUUGAUCAUGGAUCACAAUCUUGCGGAUUACAUCACAGCCAAGAACAACGUCGUCCUCAAUUAUAAGGACAUGAAUCAUACAAACAUGUACGGAUUGAUUCGUGGCCUUCAGUUCUCCGCUUUCGUCUUCCAGUACUACGGUCUGAUAUUGGACUUGCUGAUAUUGGGAUUGGAGAGAGCUUCUGAGAUUGCCGGACCCCCGCAGAGGCCCAAUGAAUUCCUUCAAUUCCAGGACCUGGAAGCUGAGACUAAGCAUCCUAUUCGGCUUUACACCAGAUAUGUCGAUCGGAUUUGGGUCUUUUUCCGAUUUUCCGCUGACGAUGCUCGUGACCUUAUCCAAAGGUUCUUGACAGAACAACCUGAUCCAAACUUCGAGAAUGUCAUCGGGUAUCGAAACAAAAAGUGUUGGCCUAGGGACUCGAGGAUGAGGUUGAUGCGCCAUGAUGUCAACCUUGGCAGAGCUGUUUUCUGGGACCUGAAGAAUCGCCUUCCCAGAUCUGUGACUACUAUCGAAUGGGAAGAUACAUUUGCCAGUGUCUACAGUCGGGAUAACCCGAACCUCCUUUUCUCUAUGUCCGGGUUUGAAGUAAGAAUUCUUCCGAAGACCCGUAAUCAAAAUGAAGAGUUCCCCGUCAAGGAUUCCGUUUGGUCGUUGGUGGACAAUAAUUCGAAGGAGAGGACAGCCCAUGCUUUCCUGAGGGUCACCGAGGAUGAUAUUGCCAAGUUCAACAAUCGUAUUCGUCAGAUCCUUAUGAGCUCUGGGUCUACCACUUUUACUAAAAUCGCUAACAAGUGGAAUUCGGCUCUUAUCGCCCUGUUUACUUAUUAUCGCGAAGCUGCAAUCUCGACUGAGGCAUUGCUAGAUACUAUCGUGAAAUGCGAGACCAAGAUUCAGACUAGGGUCAAGAUCGGGCUCAAUUCUAAAAUGCCUUCGAGGUUUCCGCCUGCUGUGUUCUAUACCCCUAAGGAACUUGGUGGUCUGGGAAUGAUUUCAGGAAGUCAUAUUUUGAUUCCUACAAGUGAUAGGAGGUGGAGUAAGCAGACUGAUGCUGGUAUCACUCACUUCCGGAGUGGAAUGACGCAUGAUGAUGAUGUGCUUAUCCCGAAUAUCUUCCGGUACAUUCAACCUUGGGAAGCUGAAUUUAUUGAUUCUGCUCGUGUGUGGUCUGAGUAUGCACAGAAGAGGGCUGAGGCCAAUCAACAAAACCGAAGGUUAACGCUUGAAGAUCUUGAGGACUCUUGGGAUAGAGGUAUUCCAAGGAUUAAUACUUUAUUCCAGAAGGACCGAAGUACUUUGGCGUUUGAUAAAGGAUGGAGAGUUAGGACUGAGUUUAAAAUUUACUCUAUGAUGAGAUCCAAUCCAUUUUGGUGGACAUCUCAACGCCACGAUGGUAAACUUUGGAACCUUAACGCAUACCGAACAGACGUCAUUCAGGCAUUGGGUGGUGUUGAGACUAUCCUUGAGCACACCCUCUUUAAGGCAACAGCGUUCCCCUCUUGGGAAGGGCUGUUUUGGGAGAAGGCGUCCGGUUUCGAAGAAUCGAUGAAAUUCAAGAAGCUUACCAAUGCCCAGAGGUCUGGUCUUAACCAGAUUCCAAAUCGUCGAUUUACUCUGUGGUGGUCACCUACUAUCAAUCGGGCUAACGUCUAUAUUGGUUUCCAAGUACAAUUGGAUUUGACCGGUAUCUUCCUUCAUGGAAAAAUUCCGACCCUAAAGAUCUCCCUUAUUCAGAUCUUCCGAGCUCAUUUGUGGCAGAAGAUACACGAAAGUGUCACUAUGGAUCUUUGUCAGGUUUUUGAUCAGGAGUUGGAGGCACUCGGUAUCGAGACAGUGCAGAAAGAGACCAUUCAUCCCAGGAAGUCGUACAAAAUGAACAGCUCCUGCGCAGACAUUCUGCUUUUUGCUGCCUACAAGUGGAAUGUCACUCGCCCCAGCUUGCUCCAUGACCAGAAGGAUGUCAUUGAGCAAAACGCUACAAAUAAAUUCUGGAUAGACGUUCAAUUGCGUUACGGAGAUUAUGACAGCCACGAUGUCAGCAGAUAUGUGAGAGCCAAGUUCCUCGAUUACACUACCGACUCUCUCUCCAUCUACCCGUCUCCGACCGGUGUAAUGAUUGCUAUCGAUCUCGCCUAUAAUCUCUAUGACGCUUAUGGUCAAUGGUUCCCUGGCUUGAAACAACUUGUCCAACAGGCGAUGGCCAAGAUUAUGAAGGCAAACCCCGCGUUGUAUGUCUUACGCGAGCGAAUCAGAAAGGGACUGCAACUUUAUGCUUCUGAGAGCAAUCAAGAGUUCUUGAAUUCACAGAACUACUCUGAGCUGUUUAGUAAUCAGAUUCAAUUGUUCAUUGACGAUACCAACACAUAUCGUGUUACAGUCCAUAAGACCUUCGAGGGCAAUCUGACUACCAAACCGAUCAAUGGAGCCAUAUUUAUUCUCAACCCUCGCUCCGGUCAGCUGUUCUUGAAGAUUAUUCAUACCUCGGUCUGGGCUGGUCAGAAGCGUCUCGGUCAGUUGGCAAAAUGGAAAACGGCAGAAGAAGUAGCCGCUCUCAUUCGCUCACUCCCCGUCGAGGAGCAGCCGAAACAAUUAAUUGUGACAAGAAAGGGAUUGUUGGAUCCAUUGGAGGUUCAUCUUCUCGAUUUCCCUAACAUUUCUAUCCGAGCAUCAGAGUUGCAGCUUCCUUUCCAGGCUGCAAUGAAAAUUGAAAAGCUGGGUGACAUGAUUCUGCGUGCCACGGAGCCUCAAAUGGUCCUAUUCAAUCUUUACGAUGACUGGACUAAGACGGUAUCCUCGUAUACGGCUUUCUCACGUCUGAUCUUGAUCCUCAGGGCUUUGCACGUCAACCAGGAUAAAACUAAGCUGUUAUUGAGGCCGGAUAAGACGGUCAUCACACAGGAGCAUCAUAUUUGGCCUACUUUAUCGGAUGAUGAUUGGAUUAAGGUUGAAACACAGCUCAGAGAUCUUAUCCUCAAUGACUACGGGAAAAAGAAUAACGUCAAUGUCUCUAGCUUGACCAGCAGUGAAGUGAGAGACAUCAUCCUUGGUAUGGAGAUAAGCGCGCCGUCAAUGCAACGCCAACAGGCUGCCGAAAUCGAGAAGCAGCAGCAAGAGCAAGCUCAACUUACUGCGGUUACUACAAGAACGCAGAAUGUUCACGGAGAUGAAAUGAUUGUUACCACAACCUCCAAUUAUGAGCAGCAGGCAUUUGCCUCCAAGACGGAAUGGCGCAGUAGGGCUAUUGCCGCUAGCAACCUUCGGACUCGGUCGAACCAGAUCUUUAUCUCAUCUGAUGAUAUCUCGGAUAAUAGCCAGCACACUUACAUCAUGCCGAAGAACAUCUUGAAACGGUUCAUCAUGAUCGCCGAUCUUCGCAUGCAAGUAGCCGGUUACGUGUAUGGUUCAUCACCACCAGACAACGAUCAGGUCAAAGAAAUUAGGUGUAUUGCCAUGGUUCCUCAGAUUGGAAGUCUGAACACUGUCCAGCUUCCUCACUAUCUACCUCAACACGACUACCUCACGAAAGAGAACGGAUUGGAGCCACUUGGUUGGAUUCAUACUUGGGCCCAACCAAACGAGACGCCAUACCUGAAUGCCUUUGACACGACCCAGCACGCAAGACUCAUGUCAGCUCACAAGGAGUGGGACAAAAAGACCAUCACCAUGACUGUCGCGUUCAAGGCAGGAUCAGUCUCGCUCGCAGCAUACGGUCUCACACCCGCCGGCUACGAAUGGGGCGCACAGAACAAAGAUCUCGGAAAUGACAUGCCCCCAGGGUUUCAGACCAACAUGGGCGAGAAGUGCCAGCUAUUGCUCUCGGAUAAGAUUAUGGGAUUCUUCUUGGUUCCCGAGAGUGGUGUUUGGAAUUACUCUUUCCUCGGUGCGAACUUUAGUACCGAGGCGGAGAAGAAGGCGUAUCAUGUCAAGAUUGACACCCCAGUAGGGUAUUACGCGGAUAUCCACCGGCCGUUGCACUUUCAGAACUUUGCUGAGUUGGAGGAUAUCUGGGUGGAUCGUAGUGAUAAUUUUGAAUAGGUGGGGUUGGGUUGGCUUUGUAAAUUAUGGACGGAUGGGUGGUGAGUUGACGGUCUCUUUGAUUCGGAAUUCGUACUAUUGCACGGGGGUGGCUUCUUUUGACUUAUUCUUUUUGUUGUGAGCAUUCUUGUUCUUGUAGCCAUAGUUGUGGGUCUCUUCCCGUUCACUUUGUUUCUUCACCAAAAGGGUCGGAUAUCGGAAGAUUAAUGAUGUGGAGUGAUGAGGUUUUUGCGUAUUCAAUGAAUUUCUUAGUCAAUGCACAAUUUUUCAGUUUCCUUUGAAUUUUCAGCCGCUACCAGAAUUACCCAAAGCUAGCAAGUAGUCUAUCAUAUCC